AUGGUUACCCCUCGAGAACUGAGUAGUGAGGAAGCAGCUUUGUUAUCACAUUUAUCUGUGGAUGAAGACAAGGUGAACACAAUUGAAGCUACCUCAAGGGAACAAUCAGAGUCUGAAAUCUGGAAAAAGGAACGCACUUAUCGAUUCACUGCGUCAAGUUUUCAGCUGAUCGCCAAGCGGCAACGAAAUCAUGAGAGCUUUGCUCAAUCGAUUAUGCAUCCAAAGCCCUUUACUUCAAAGUAUGUUGCUCAUGGAAUGAAGUAUGAACCUGUUGCUCUCAGAGAGUAUGAAAAAUUCAUGUUCAACAGGAAAACACCUGUUGCUGUACUUAAAAGUGGAUUUGUUGUAUCCGAAGCAUUUCCUGUUCUUGGCGCAUCACCCGAAGCCAAAGUUAUUGACUUUGGAUGCUCUAUUUGUUUUGGUUUAGCUGAGGUGAAAUGUCCUCAUACCAAGUUCCAUGUGACCCCCCUUGAGGACCCAAAUUUCUUCAUGGAGAAGAUAAGUGACACACAAUGUAGACUUAAAAGGGACCAUGCCUACUAUGGCCAGGUCCAGGGACAGAUGGGUGUGACAGGUGCAAAAUGGUGCGAUUUUAUUGUGUACGCUAGCAAAGGGAUUUACAUUGAACGAAUCGCAUUUGAUCCUGUCUACUGGGGUAACCUUAAGAAUGAACUCCUGCGGUAUUAUUUUGAACAUUUCUUAAAAUUUGCAUCAGCAGAUUUUCACAACUCUGCUUAA